AUGAAAAGUUGGAUUAACUGCAAAAAACAAGAAGCGCCGUACCCUGCGUAUAGUGAAUUCUGUCACGAAGAUCCUCGAGAGAAACCCUCCGAAUGCAAACUGUGUCCGUGGAGGCCCGAAGACAACCCCAACUUCAAACCACCCAAGAAGAAGUUCCACACUUCGAGCGGGGCGAAGGUGCGUCGCAGCGGGCUAGAAAUGGAGUACCAGGAAGCGGAAGUCGACGUGGACGUAGAGGAGGAGGUGGCGGGAGAGCAACGGAAAGGAAUGCAGUGCGAUUUGCGUAAACCCCCGUGCGACCCGCCGAAGGACACCCGCUGUCCCGCCCCUAAAGACAAAAAGACAAAAGACGAAAAAAAGAAGAAAGAUAAGAAGAAAAGCGUGUCACAAUUUUUGGAAGACGAGAUCCUAGGGCUAAAAACUCGACCCGCCUUUUCGCUCUCGUUGUCCUCGAGCGACAAGGGCGAGCCGUGCAAAGGGCCCUGUAAGAAGUUCAAGUUCCCGGAAUGCAAGCAGAAGGUCAAGGAGAAAGAAAUCGUCGAGGACAAGUGUCCCAAGAAGAAGAAAAAGCGGAAAAUUGUCGACUGCCCGCCAGAGGAUGAGAACAAGAAAUGUGUUCCGCUGAGGGAGUUAGUGGGGUAUAGUUUGACUGGUGGAGGGGGCAAUGACAAAGAGAAGAAGAAAUGUCCCGAAAUCGAUCUGACCGUUUUUAGAGAAGAUAGAGAAGAUCCGUGCACUUUGAAGAGGAAAGGAACCACGAAGGUCUGUCCGGGUGACUUGCUGAAGAAGAAGAAGAGGGGGCCCAAGAAGAAAGCUAGUGGGAUUAUUACGCCCGUCGAGUCUAAAACCAAGAUGCCUCAACAAAGGAAAACCAUAUAGAUGUUGAUAAAUGUGUAAAAUAAAAAUCAAAAAAAGUUUAAAGAACAA